ACUGUGAUCCGAAGCGAUCCGUCAGCUCCGCAGUAUGUCUGGAAUCUGGGAAUGGUGUCAGCAACAAGGAGUGGAAGCCUUUAAUGAAAUUAGAUAACAGGGGACAAAAUCAUAAAGUCUGACUGCAAGCGAGGACAAGAUAUCUCUGAACUGCCAUAAAUGGAAACAGUGAGCUUUUUUUUUUCUUUUCUGGAGGAGAGGAUGAAAAUCUCAGUUUUUUUUUAUUGGAGAACGACAUGAGUUGAGUUUCAUUACUUUAAAAAAGUAAACGCUUAUUGCCGGGAAAGACUACAGCCAUGUCAAACAACGAGGAGAGUGUGGAUGAGGAUACAGUUUUCCUGCCGGUGGAUGAGUCCUCCCCGGAGUUCAUCUAUAGCGAGAAGGAGAGAGAAGCAGUGGAGAAGCUGCUGAGCGCUGGACCAGAGGCUUUCUACUCAGUGGUCAAAGAGCUCCCCGACUGCUUCUUAUCCUCUGAAGAGGUCAGCCAGUUUAAAAGCUGGGUUCAGAGCUACUCUUUCAACGAUCCGUGGCUACAACAUGAGAAUGGAGCAGAGAGCAUCGCAGAGAUGGAGGACUUCUGUUCCAGUUACUUUCCCUGCCACUCGGACGUGCCCGUCCCGGGCCUGGAGUUGGGCUGGCCUCAUAAAACCCCCUGGUCGGUAACGGCAAGUGUCACAGUCCACACCAGCCCUCCUGCAGAAGGGGAACCUUCAGUCAGAGAGGUGAUCAGACGGCAGUUACAAAGAGCCAGACAGGUAAUUGCCAUUGUGACAGACAGACUGACAGAUAGUGCAAUAAUUGGAGAUUUACACAGUGCUGCCUCUCGGGGUGUCCCUGUCUACAUCAUCCUGAACCAAAGGUCCAUUCAGGAGAAGUUCUCGUCCAACAGGCUCUGGCAUCCAAACAUACGGGUCCGAGCUCUUGGUGGGAGAAGUUUUGGUUUGAGGGAUGGAAGAAAGCUGGUUGGGGAAAUGAAUGAGAAAUUCAUUCUGGUGGAUUUAGACACAGUGAUCCACGGCAGCUACAGCUUCACCUGGACGGACACCCACCUGCACCGGCAGCUGAUCACCGUCCUGAGGGGACCGGCUGUUGAUGCAUUUGACCGGGAGUUCAGGAUUUUGUAUGCUAGUUCACUCCCAGUUCUUUCCACUGCAACCCAUGUGAACCAAAACCAUCAGCUUAAAGACAUUUCAGCUGUCAGACUUCUGAAAAGGAUCGCUGUUGAUCCCGAUAUCACCGACCCUCCCUCCCCACGUGCUGUUUCUCCUCUGGACUGGGAUAGGAUGGGAGUUUUUUCAGAAGAAAGCAGCUUGCCAACCAGUCCUCUGUAUCUUCAUGGGGAAGUAGUGAAGCUGGAGAUGUCACUACAGAACAGCAUGCAGUUAGAUAAAAACACACCUUUAAUGGAUGGAUUUACUAACAACCAAAACCAUCUUGAGGAUAAAAGAAGAUUCAAAGAAAACUUCUCUCCAGUGGAAACUGAAGUUGUUAAAAACUCAACUUUCAAGAACAGAGAGCCUUUGACAGCAGAGCCAGCUACUUCAGAGAGAACGAAAAGGAUCACAGACAGCCUUUCUCCAGUGGCAACUGACAUGGAGAAAUCCACUCUCCAGUGCAGAGAGUCCUUAUCAACCCAGCCGGAUACUUCAGCGAGAACAAAAAGGAACAGAGAUCCCGUAUCAACUCAGCCACCAGCUACUUCAGACAGAGUAAAAAAGUUAUCUGAAAGCAUGUCUCCUGUUGCAACUGACAUGGAAAAAUCAACAGUUUUCAAGAGCAGAGAGUCCUUAUCAACUCAGCCGGAUACUUCAGACAGAAGAAAAAGGGUCAAAGACAAUCUGUCUCCAGAGUCAACUGAUGUCAUAGAAAAAACACUUUUCAAGAGCAGGGAGUCCUUAUCAGCACAGCCAGCUCCUUUAGAAAGAACAAAAAGCAUGGAAAGAGACACUUCCAGGCACCACCCAUCAGAGAGGAGCACGACUUUAUACACCAGAAAUACAUCUAGAUAUGAUGACAAAGCAAACGAGGAAACGUACAGGCGUUACUCUUUUCAGGCAAGGAGGUACUCUAUUAAAGAAGAGGAGAGUAAAACAGAUGAUAUUGCAAAAAAAAUGGGGAACAAGCCAUCUUCUAGAAAGCCGAUAAUCUUGAGUGUGCAAAGGGAGGAGAACUUCAGCGCUCUGAGCGACAUCAUGAGGAAAAUUCCACGGACCAGUUCAGGACUGCUUAAGAGAGAAUCAAAGAGUAUACAUACCCAGUCCAUGUGGGAUCUGAGCAAGGAAGAUGCAGCUACAAGUCAUGAAAAGAAAGGAGUCUCAGUGCCGAGAUAUACCAGGCCCAUUUAUGAACCAUCCUACAUAACACCUGGUCUUACCCUGAUGGAAAAGAGGAACGACAAAGUGAGGGCCACAUUAAUGCCCACAGAGAGGCCUCGCAGUUACACUUUUCUCGGUGUGGACUCGGGAAGGAAGAAAGGAGGAGCGGGAGAAAACCAUGAGUGAUAUACUGUGAACACGUUCUGUCACAAAGCAAAGAAACCGGCUGGCGGUGGAUAUUUUACGAUAUCUGCAGUGUUAACUACUGAAAGUAUAAGCCAAAGCAGGCAGAGACUGUAAUGAAAAGCAUGAGUAACAGGCACAUGGAUAACAGGCAUUAUGGAUACGAUGUUUUACAUGUACAGUGACUUACAUGUAAAAUAGUCAUAUUGUUGCUGCUCACCAGGAAAAAUAUCAACUCUGUUAUUUGUUAAACAUCUUUUUUGAUUAAAAUGUUCAUAGAAGUGACUUCACUGAGCCCCUUCAAGUGGCUUUAGAUCUUUGAUAAUAAACUGAUAAUGACUUCAUUAGUUACACUUUGCUGGUAGAUUUGCCUCAAUUCUUCAAGACAC